GCAGACAAUGAUGACGACGGGAGCGUUUUGUGCGAUUUGGAGCAAUAUGCCAACUCUUACUUUGUCUCACUGCAUCGCCGUGAAGUGGAAUGCACUGCACCACCAUCGCUCUUGCCGCCAUCUGCGUCGUGGUGGUAAGCGGAGAGCCUCAGUGUACUAAACCCGGAGGUUGUGGCUCGUCUCCAGUAUGCGGUCCCUUGGAAGACCCUGUGGUCGGAAAGCCUCAGCGGGACUGGUACUGCCGGCCUUUAUUCACGCCCGCCUGGGAGCUCAUGCAGCUCCGCACUUGCCUUUGCAAGCGGGGCUACGUUCGCAACUCGUGGGGUGAAUGCAUACCGCGCAUAAAGUGCAUUCCUUGCAAGUUCCAAUGGCAGAGAGACUAUCACACGUGCGCAUCCGCGUGCCCUGCCACAUGCAACAAACCACUGGAGACAUCGUGCCAGAAGCCGUGCUACGCGGGAUGCGACUGCCCUCCCGGCUGGGUGGUGCACCCUAACAACUGGCACAUGUGCAUCCGACACAGGAAAUGCCCUCCCAUAUGCCCAGCUCACUCGACGUACGUGCAAUGCGUGUCCAACUGUUCGCCCAAGUGUGGCAAAAGUCCUCCCAGCAAGUGCGUCACCGACUGCAAUGUGGGCGCCUGCGUCUGUAAUAAGGGCUUUGCGGAAUUUGAACGCCGCGGCGUGAAGAUGUGCGUGCUUCAGGAAAUGUGUUCCUGGUACACUCGCCAGACGUCGAUGUUCACGCGUAAAGGCAUCGCGCGUAGUGUCUCACCAGGCGUCGCGCACCAACCGGUAAGCGUUACGUUACGCGAUCGUAGCGUGCGCUUACAGGCUAACGGAACACCUGGUGGCGUUGCUGCUCGAUCUCAUACAGAAACGAGUCAUUCAACUAUCACCAGGACGCAUUUCUCGAACGGUACCAAAAUGACAUCAGAAAGAAGAAUUAUUAAUGUUCCCGGAGGCAAUGUUAACACACAUGUCAUUGUACACACUGUAAGUUUGCAGUCAUCUCCUAACGCGGUAUCAGGCGCGAAUAUUGUCCCAACAGCCGCACAGAAUACACAUUCGCUUCACAGUGGAGGUCACCUGUCAGUCGCUACCACAGUAAACAAAGAGGUUACACUCUCAACUAAUACUGCGGCUCUACCCAGGGCUCUCGGCCUACCCAUCGAAGGUGCACACUCGGCUGCUAUCUCAAUAACUCGCCGUGGUGGGGCCAGAGCCGGCACGGUACGUGAACUUCUGCCUCACGUCACAGAGCACUUCUGGAAAACUACAAGAACUAGUUCUGAAAACUCGCGGUCAGUUGCUACGGCUGCCGGUGCUCGUGAAACUGUACGUACAGCAGCCACGCGCUUACCUAGUAGCUUACUACUUGGGGGAAGCGGGGCAAGAACUGCGACGGAAGUCAAGCCCUCAUCUCGCGCAGAGGGGCAUCUCUUGACCGUGAUCAGGUCAACAUCACAGGUUACGACCCCCCGUUUUACCGCUCGUCCUGUUGGGUAUGGUGUAGACGCACGUUUGCAAAUUCAACGCUCACAUGCCACAAUUGUGCCUGGAAGAGUCAGUAAGGGACGAAGUACAGAACGUACACAAUACCCUGGUGCCAUAAUACCUAUUCCACAUAUCACAGGGACCUUACAAGAGGCUAGACCCCCCUACCGAGCGGUACAAAAUGGUACAUUCGCUGCCCAUGUACAGUCGGUAAAUACGACCUUACCUACUAAAACAGGUAAUGGGUCUGAUUUUGACAUUGACUUAUGGCUCGCACUUGGUUUAAGGUUUUCUCCUUGGUACCUGCCCUUACAUACUAACAAUCUAUUUGGUGUGCCCCGUAGAAGAUAUUAUCUAUGGCCUGCAUACUUACAGUGUCCGGAAACAUACCGUUGGAGUGAUAGCAGGUUGUUACCAUGGGCCUUAUCUUCAAGUACGCCAGCGGGAUAUAAUGGGACCAGUUAUAUGCUUUACCCCUGGGGUGCCCCGUUCCAUGGCACAAGGUGGAUAUGGUGGGGAUAGUUUGGGACUUUCCAUGUGGAGUAGAGCUCUACGGGCAGCCACUUCGUAUGAUGGUACUGGUUUCAUGUUUUACCGAUGGGGUGUGCCUAUGCGUGGUCGCGUAGGAUACGGCUGGCCGGCUUACAGGAUUUACCCUUGGAAUACACCCUUACGACCUACCUCAAGGUAUGGCUGGAUUGGCUUUAUGCAUUAUCCUUGGGGCGCACCAUUAUCUGCUGCAGCCGGACAUGGCUGGGCCGGCUACAGAACGCCUCCUUGGCACACACUCUCCCCGCUUCCCCAAGUAAAUGUUUGGGGUAGUUAUAGAUUUUAUCGAUGGUGCACUUUCUGACAUGGUGUCACUGGAUGGUACAGCUUGAUAACAUGCAACGCAGAAAAUGUACAAAGCCUAUAAAAUGUGCAAAACUCUAUACCGUACAUUACUUGUAACAAAAUUAACAGCCAUUGCCAAGUAUCACGCGUAAGAGUAACAACCUGCAAGAGUGUAUGGAGCUUAAGAAAUAUGAAUGUCGAAAGCAGAUGUUCAAUUCUAUGUCAAGCUAAGUUUUAAAGGAGAAAUUAAACUUUUCACAAUUAA